AUGCCCCAACACAAACGCGGACCCUGGUCACAGCAGGAAGACCAAUUGCUAUUACAUCUUGUUUCGGUUCAUGGUGCACACAACUGGGUUCGCAUAUCGUCGACCAUUCAGACUCGUUCGCCCAAGCAAUGCCGAGAGCGAUUCCAUCAGAACUUGAAGCCCAACCUCAACCAUGACCCAAUCACUCCAGAGGAAGGGAUCCUUAUCGAACAGAUGGUCGCCGAGAUGGGAAAGCGAUGGGCUGAGAUUGCGAGGCGUCUUCGGGGACGUAGCGACAAUGCUGUGAAGAACUGGUGGAAUGGUGGCAUGAACCGACGCCGACGAAACAACCAGCAGCGCCGUGCUGAGUUUGAAGUUCGCCAUCAGCCUCAGAUCCAACAUCAACACCAACAACACCAGCACCAACAGCAACAGCAACAGCAGCAUCAACAGCAACAGCACCAACAGCAGCAGCAGCAGCAACAACAGAUGCAAGAACAGCACUUCCACAUGCAGCAGCAGCAGCAGCCUCUCCCGAAUGCGUUCCACCAAUCCAUGAUGGCCCCCCAGUUUUUCCCCCAGCAGAUGUCUCAGAUGUAUAAUCCAGUUCAGUCGCAGAACCCCCACAACAUCGCUAUUCCUCAGAACAUGGCACAGUACAGUCGCAUGUUCGACACACCCAUACCAUCACCAUCUGGCUACUCACACAUGUCGGCUGAGAGGGCGCCAUCCCUCAUCUCCGACUGCUCGUCUGUCUCGGCUCGAUCCCCCCACAACGGUCCUUCUCCGAUUGAGCUUCCUCCGCUUGCGGGUGCACGGGACGAUCGCCGUCAUUCUUCAGCUCCAAUGAUGCGACUUGAGGUGCCUGGAUCGUUUGCUCAAGAAGUCGACUUUUCGAUGAACGGGAUGUCAAUGCAAAGAUACGAUGACAUGUCCAAGACACAGCCCAUGUUGCAGGAACCAUUCAUGCCGCAGCAGCAGUCACUGCCCAUUCCAAGCGCAUAUCUGCCUUCGCAGUCACGACAGCCAUCACCUCUUCACCAACAGCAUCAGAUGGCACAGGGAUACUCCAUGCCCAUGCAGCGAAGAGACUCGGGCUACCCCAUGUCCUCCCACCAUUUAAUGUCCAAUGAUGGCAAGCUUGAUCCGGCCCUAUCCACCCCCAUGUUGUCUGGACAGACACUCGAUGGCUCUCCCAAAGAUAAGAUGAGCUUGUCGAAUCUCACUCAUUGA